UUAAUGUUGAAAUAGAUUAGCUACAGCUUAUUUUUGUUUUGGUCCUAAUAAACAUUUUAUUUUUCAGGUUAUGCCGUUGGCCAUGGUACUUAUUGGACCGUCAAAAUUGUCGACAUCUAAUUUAAUUAUAAUGGCAUUGGCUAGUGCGUUUCCAGUGAUGGCUAAACCGUAAUUCGUGAUGAUGCCGAAGAUCUCGUCUUCUGCCAGCAUCCCAUGGGUGUGAUCACGUGCACGGCCCCCAUGAACCCUACCGGCGAUGUCACCUACACACAUAAGAAAUUCAAGCGGGCUGCCUCAGAGGCCAAUGACAACAAUGCUGAUCAGCAGAAGCAGCAGUCAAAACCUCCCCAGCAGUCACUGCCAAAGGAUGUACAGCUUCAUGAGCGGCAUAUUGGGAAGCAGGAGAAAACAGAAAUUGCUGAAACCAGGUCCGCCGCCGUAACUUUGAGUGGCCAGUCCACUCUAAAUGGUCACCUUCCUGCUCAACCAGAUAACUGUCAAGUAACUAGUAUUGUAGGUGGUCAUCUUGCUCUAACCGAUGGAGAUGAGGUGAAAAGAAAAACCAGUGGCAGUGUUGGUGGAAAGUACAAAUGCGAUUAUUGUGGGGUGUUUUGUGCCAAACCGUCAGUGCUGGACAAACAUAUCCGGACACAUACAAAUGAAAGACCCUACAGUUGUGAUCAUUGCCGAAUAGCUUUCAAGACUAAAAGUAACUAUCUCAAGCACACAAAAUCUCGUGCUCACGUUCUCAAGUGUGAUAAUAGUGUACAAGAUGGGGGAGAAGUACCUAUGGAAGUUACUGAUAGUGUUGAUACCAACAGGAGUGAUGUUCCUGCAUGUUCUGGUGAGGAUACUGCUGGCAGGUCAGAGUUCCAGCAACUGCCAGCUGAUUUAUCAGUGGCAAAGCCCUCAUCAAAAGAUUCUAUGGCAACUAGUUCUGUUGUUCCACCAGCUUCUAAGUUGCAUCAAGAUGACUCGAUAAAAGACAGAGGGAAGUCUUUGUACAAACCAAAAUUCCGUGCUCAAUAUUCUCUUCAGGAUGAUGAUGUCACCAAGGGACAAACUCCUCCUCUUCCUCUCCCACCACUGCCUGCAGGACAUCAGCCAAUACCAUCUCAUGAUGCCUCACAGACAAACUGCAACACAAGUAACCCUGUAACAUAUCAUCAACCUCAUGCCACUCACAAUGUGAACAGCCACCCAAGUCCAAGCCGGCACCCUGUAAGCCCAGCUCAGUUUCCUAAGCAGUGCCUCCCUCCACUUGAUAUUCGUGCUGCUGCUGCUACAAAUAAAAAAGAGGAUUCAGCUUUAAGUGGUCAGAGAAGCUCUGGAGUAACACCUUCGAGUGCCAACACCCUUUGGAAAGGGAUGAAAUCCCCUAGUCCAGAAUUAUUAGAACAACAUAUCACAAAACUGAUUGUUGAGAACCAGGCAAUUGUAGAAACUCACAAUCCUCUGUGGUCUCGACGUUAUCGACGCCAUUCCAGUUUUGGCUCCUCCUCCAGUGAAAGUGAGGGUUCAGGAAGUGGUAAGAGCCGAAGAUGCAGUCUCAUUGAUACUUCCAGCAAAAAUUCUAAGUUAAAUUCAGUUGGUACUCCUAUAAGUUAUGGAUCUCCCCAGUCUCAUUCGCGUGAACGAAGCCACUCAUCAACUACCGAAGCACUAAUGAUUGAAUCUCGGUCUUCUUACAGCCCCAGUCUUCCACCUAACCCACACCUGCCUCUUGCUCAGCCUCCGGUCACCCUCAUAAGUGCUUCCAAACCUUCCAUAUCAUCGCAUGGACUUACUACCUCUUACUCUCAGUCUGACCCUGCCUUUGCUACCUCUCACAUAGUCUUACAUGACCUUGAUCCAACGGAGGGACCACGCAAGAGGAGUAUCACAGAUGGCCCAGGUGUUGUGCGAGACCCAGGGAAAAGUAGACUUCAUUUGAAAAAUCCAGAAGGAUCAGUAAUAAAAAAUCUUCUUUUGACUGGAAUUGCUAGCACUAUUGAUCAAAACUUUGAACGACUAGAGCAAAGUAGAAUAUCUAAUCAGAAUGCAGCCAUUCCUGCCGAAGUUGGCAUGUAUACUUGUACGUGGUGCAGAACAAGAUGCAGUAGUCCAGAAAGCUUAGAAUAUCAUGUGAGACAUUGCUGUGGACAUAGACAAGGGGGUAGUGGAAGUGAGAGAGGAACCCCUGACUCCAUAAAGAGUGGUGAUGGAGGGAGGUGGUCAGGAGAACAGGAUGUAGCACUUGACCUCCAGAAGAAAGAUCGGCUGGACAUGUACGACCAUGAAAGAUCUUCGUCAAGGGGGUCUUCUAUUUCGGUCGGGGAAUCAUCUCAGAGACGAGGGUCAGAUGAAGAUAUAAAGUAUCGGUUAGAUUUAUCACCACGUGUAUAUGUGAGUGAAGCCAUUCGCGAUGGUGCAUCACCACCUACAAAGAGACGGAAAAUGUCGGACCCAGAGACAUCAAAUCAUGAUAAGAAUGUAUUUUUAUCUCCAAUAUUUUCCCCAAAAGGUCAAGUUGUUGGAAAAGUGGAUUCCUCAAUGAAAAUGUUAGAUGAAAUGGGUAAACCAAAGGCUAGCAGCCGUCAUUUUUUUGGGGGAGAAGUCCAAAUAUGUGAUGGUAAGAAUUUGAAAACAAUGAGGAUUGAUCCUGGACAGCAACCCAGUCCUACCCUUGAUAUUUGCAUUCCACCUCAUCAGCUGGGAGGUAGUAUUGUCAGAUCAGACGUUUCUGUACCAACUUCAGUUGUAGUUACAAUUGCCAAGUCAGGUCUUAACUCGGGAGGUACCAUGGUUCAGGUUGACAGCCAAAUCAGCACCUCGUCUACCAAAACAGCUCCGAGUAUUGUCAAUUCACUGCUGCCCCAGGAGCAGUCAGGUGUUGCAGAUCCUGUCCAUCAAAGUAAGAUAAAAUCUUCACCGCACCCUGCUAACAUGUAUCCUUCUGAUCCUGCCCAAUACCCCUUUUCUCCAUUUCUCCAAUAUGCACCACUUCUUCAACUUCCAAAUUUAACCAUUCCUGGUAUUCCUACGCCCGACCUCAGAGAUAUGUCAUAUCCUAUGAAUCCCCCAAAUGCUGCAAACCAACCAUACCUUCAUGGACAAGCCCCUCAUACACAAAAACAGAGUUCCCUCCAAUCGCCAGUAGCUCAUUCCAGAAUUUCUCCUUUAACUCUGCCACAGGGCACACCUCAUCCAGGAAGUACUCCAAUGCCUCAUGGAAGUGUGCCUGGCCCAACAUCUGUACGCAGUAGCCUUGCAGCAGGCACUCAUGGGGGUGCACUAAAUGUUUCAGUAAGAGACAAGGAGAAGGAACAUCCCAGAAAAUCUUCUUAUCCUACUCUCAUUCCUGUGGGGAAUGAGAAAGUACCGUAUGUUCCUGGCAUUCCAGGGCCAUACUCUCAAGCAGGGGGUGUUGUGCAAUCACAUAACAUGCAGAAGAGCCCAUUGGCAGUGUUUACGCCACCUGUGCCGGCUCCUUCUUUAUCUCCAGCAACAUCCAAGGCUCACUUUGCAUCCGUCCCGUCACCAGUUCCCUUAUUGGUGAGCGAAGUGAAGGAAAAACAUCUUCCAGCCCCAAGAAUAAAAGAGAUAUCAAGAGAUGCUUCAAGAACUCAUAUAAAAGAAUCAAGUCAUUAUGUAGAUUCCCCGGUACAUUCUCCAAAGGUUAUGCCACAUGUUCCUCAAAAGGAUAUACUACAUGGUCAGACUGAGAGACCAAUAUUAUCUAUAAUUCCAAUCAAGUCAUCAGAAGUUAAGCCUGCAAAUCCAGAAAUAAGAAUUCACCCAGUAAUAUCAUCGCCAGUUACUCACCAAGAAAAAAAGGAUCCAGAAAAGAAACAAUCUUAUUCUGAAAUUCAUGAGUCUGACAACUGUGUGAAAGAAGGUCCCAGCAGUUCCAAAGACUUCCUACCUCCCCGGAAGCGUCCAAAUUCUUUAGCUUUGAAACCUCAGCCUUUUAUGCCUAAAUCAGAUGCUUUGAUUGGUACAACCCUAGUAAGUCCUGAUACUCCAAGGCCCAAAAAAAGCUGUGUGCAGAUGCUUUUGAAUGGUUCAGCUUAUACCUAUCUGGGUCAUAAGGUGUCCACAAAGUCAUACUUCUGUUGUAUAUAUAGACAGCAGCCAAUGUAUGUCCCUCAGUCUACUGAUCCUAAGCUUUCUAUGUACUCAAAUUGGCAGAUAAAGCCAGCAGAGGAUAACCCAUUGGAGCUAACACCUUACCAGAGUUUGGGUUUGUAUGAGAGUCGAAAGUACAACCAUGCUUAUACUAUUGCCAAAGAGAAAGAACUGAAUUUAAUUCAGACACAUUCGUCAUACUGGACCUUUAAGGAGGAAAAAGAAAAAAAUAGGGAGAAGGAAAAAGCUGAUAGUAAAUUGAAAAUCGAAGAAAAGGAGGUAAAAGCUGGAACUUCUAUUGCAAAAGUUACAGAACACAAUCCUGCUACUGAAACCAGUGGACCAUCAAUUAAACGUGAGCCAGAUGACCAAAAUGAUGAUUCUUCUUGCAAAACGGACGAUGGAGAGGGGUUUGAUGGAUCUGCCAAACGCAUAAAGAUAUUUGAAGGAGGUUUCAAAAGCACUGAAGAAUAUACUUACGUGAGAGGCAGAGGCCGUGGUAGAUACGUGUGUGGUGCUUGUGGCAUUCGGUGUAAAAAACCAUCAAUGCUGAAGAAACAUAUCCGUACUCACACUGACCUCCGUCCUUAUGCCUGUACACAUUGCUCUUUUAGCUUCAAGACAAAGGGCAAUUUGACAAAACACCUUCGCUCAAAAGCCCAUUACAAACGUUGCGUAGAAAUGGGCGUGGUGCCUGUGCCAACAACUGUUGACGACAGUCACGUCAAUGAAGAAGCCCUUGCUCUGCAGGGAAAAAUGGAACAAGACAGGAUUGACGAUGAGGAUGAUGAUGAAGAUGAUGAUGAGGAUGAUGAUGAUGAUGUGGAUGAUGAUGAGGACGAUGAUGAUAUUAUGGAUGAAGAUCAGUUUGAAGAUGCUGAAGAUUUAAAAGAACUUGAGGAAUCAAAGCUUUACAAAGAAAAGGAGGCCUCGUCUGCCAAGGAAGCAAAUGAUCCAAGAAAGCCAAUAACUGCUGUUCCUGCUAUAUCCAGGGCAGGUGUCUUGGUUAUGCUUCCAAGUGUUAGUCGUUCUUUUGGCAGCUCUCAACAAACAUCAGGUGAAGGAAAAGGGACCAGUGGAGACACUGGUAUUGAUUCUUCAUCUCGUGAUUCUCCCAUAGAUCUUAGUGUCAAGAAAAUGAUAGUACCCUCUAACACAGUAGGGCAUGAUCAAGUCCUGUCUCUGAAAAAGCACUCAGUUCCUACAAGGCCAAAUUUUUUGCCUAUCAUGAGCAAAUCUUCCGUAGCUGACCUUAGGUCACCCGUUGGCAAAUUGGCAUCUCCCGGUACCCCUUCAACACCCAUUAGGGAACAUCCCUCCGAAAUUUUAUCUCCUGUCACAGAGUCAUCAACCCUUCUGAAGUCUAUUUACAAUACAACGUUGCGCAUUUCUAGUGUCUCUUCAGGGGAGAGACAGAGCAUUGUGCCAGAUCCAACAAAGGAGAAUGGUUGCAAUAGCUCGAUGUUACAAGCUUACUUAAAAGAGAGGGCAGUUCUGGACACGACGUUCAAAAGGCAGCAAUAUAAAAACUCAUCAUCUGAUACAUCCCCUGACUCUCCUCAGAGUAACUUGGUUCAGACUUCCACUGAAGUUGCAUCAUCAUCUGCAAAUCAUGAGCCUUCCGAACUGCCUAAAAAAUCGGAGGCUGAAGCAGAGAGUCUUGUCAAGAUGAGUGUUGAUGAAUGCAAAAAAAAUGGAAAGGAAGUUGCUAGUCAAGGCUCAGACAUUGAGCAAAAUCAGUCGUCCGCACCCUCAUCUAGUAGUUCUGGGGGUGUUAAUUCCAGUUCAUCGCAGGCCGUGACGUCCCGUAUGCCUACGCCUCCAGCUAACUUGACUGUUAUGAACAGUGUUGGCAUGGAUACAAAAACGGCUUUCUUAGUACCGAGUGGGGUUGUACCUUCUCUUAGCAGACUUGGAAAUGAUGAUGGCAAAUGUAAGUGCAGCAUAUGCCAUAAAGAAUUUAAUAAGCAGUCACAACUAAGCAUACACAUGAACAUUCAUUACAUGGAACGGCCUUACAGAUGUGAUUCUUGUUCUGUGUCAUUUAGAACAAAUGGCCACUUGCAGAAACAUAAACGGUCCCUAAGUCAUUUUAACAAGGUUAAUAUGAACAUGACCUUUGGGACACCAAGCACUGAUAAUCCCCGUCCCUUCAAGUGUCACGACUGUAAGAUAGCCUUCCGUAUUCAUGGUCACCUGGCUAAGCAUCUCCGCUCUAAAAUGCACAUCAUGAAGUUAGAGUGUCUUGGAAAACUGCCCUUUGGUACUUAUGCUGAGAUUGAGAGGUCUGGUGCCAAUCUCAAUGAAAUUGACACCACAGACUGUGAUAAUUCGUUGGAAAGUUUACAGUCUAUGGCGACACGUUUGUAUGAAAAGGAGCCGGGCAAGUUGGCAGCUUGGCAAACUUCUCAGGAGAGACUCCACCACCGAGUACGCACGGUCAGCAAUUCCUCCACAAACUCAGAUGACUAUCCACUUGGAGAUGAGCAGGAUGAUCCUCUGUCUGGAUGUGGAAAUGAUGAAGACACUGAGGGUGAUGAUGAUGAGGAGGUGCCAAUUGCUCAGGAGCCAGGAAGUGCAAAUAUACCUGUUAUGGGACCAUCAGCGAGUGAAUCAUACAGUCCACAGUCAAGUACGCUGCAGACCAUCGAAAUUGGUUCAGGUGCUACAGCUGGCCUCCUGGCAUGCUACCUCUGCCAUGAGAAGUUUCUUGAUUUGGAGCACCUUAGUGGUCACCUGUACAAUGUGCACAAGGUAUCCAUCACCUACCGCAACAGCUAACCCAACCUGUGGUGCAGCCUUUCACAUGUGGACUGUGUGAAGCAAAGUUUUCAAGCCACAGUCAGUUGAUCAUUCACAGUCAGCAGAAUUGCAUAGUGAAAUCCUCUUGACCACAUGCUUCAAGACUGGACUCUUAGUAAGUAGAAAAUGCAACCUAAAAAACAUAUACUAAACACUGCUGGAAAAGCAAAUCGCACACAGAGUAACUUGGUGCUAAUGAAGAGCUAUUGAAAGUAAGGGAAUACUUGAAGUGGAAAUGUGGAGAGAACCCAUGGUGUUCUUUGCAGAUAGAAGAAUGAAAAUUUCUUCAGCCAGUGAAAUUCAUGUAUGCAAAUUUGCCAAAUAGAUGGAAAACAAGAUAUAAAAAUCAUGGCCUUCUUUCCAGAUGUAAAAACUCUAAAAGGAGAUACAGGGUAAAGGGAAUUUGAAGCAGUUAGCUCUGAAGAGCUUUAUUCCACUCCGUUUUGAGUGAAUUUAUUUGAUAAUGAAAAAUCAACACCUUAAGAUUUCUCGUGCAAUUUCGAUAUUAUGACAAUUGCAUUCCUGUUAGUGUCAGUCCAUUAUAAGAAUUCAUUUGUGUUGAUGGCAACCGUAGAUUUUGAGCGGAUCAGAGAAUAUCGGUGGCAUUCAUUACUUCUGGAAAAGCACAGCAGUUAGUUAGUGAAUGGAACAUUUGAAGAGUUUUAAAAUUGAUAUUUAAUCAUCUGUAAGUUUAACCAUCAAAGGAUAUAUUUUUGAAUAAGGAUAUAUGAACAGACUUUUGUAACGAAAAUAAUGGUAUGAGAAUCAGUGAAAAUAUAAAUAAAAUGCAGUUCAUUUCACAGGACAACCUCAAACUGUGUCUUUGGGACACAGAGUGGGAAACUUUAUGUGGACGUUAUAAGGACAGCAGUUUUAGGUACAGUAUGUGAUAUUGUGGUUUUCUUACUGAACUGUGAAAAGUCACAAGAUACGUAAGAAAUCUUGAUAUUAGAACCACCGUAUUGCGAGAUUGGUGGGAAAGACGAGAACAUUCGAUUAAGUUUUGUGAUGCUCAAGAAUGUGUGGUUAUAAGAGUUUCUCAAGGCUCACGGGCAUGACCACACUAUAGGGUUAUGCUGUGUGUUGUGAGUUCCAAUGUACAGUACUUCCAGUCUACUGAGCUCCUGCAGCUACGAGUUACUUUCUUUUAUUUUUUUUUUGAAGGGUGGAUGAUACUGUAUGUAUUUUUAUUGUACAUUAUUUGUAAUGAAUUUGUAUAGACACUGUGCCAAUACUGUAUCACUCACCUUUUAUUUUUUUUUUUUUUGGUUUGAGAGGGAUGGAUAGAUUUCAUUUAUGUAGCUAAUAGGGUUGGUUGUCUGCCAUACUACUUUUGUGUGUGGGAACUGCUACUUGUUUACUGUAGAUAGAUUUUUAAACGUUUUGUGACAACUACAGUUCAACUGGGAGAGCUAGAUGUUCCAAUGGAUAUGCCAGAUUGUUUUUUCUUUGACAAGUCUGUAUUUCCAGCCAUGUGCAGUACAAUAAUUGUAUGGCAUUUUUUGAGAUCUUUAGGGUGAACCUUCCUCUUGUCUUGACAUUUUAAUGAAAAGACAGGAAUUUUAAGGAGAAAUAUGGUACUCAAAAAUUGUCAACAUGGAGUCUAUUUUGAUAACUUUUAAAUAUCACAUUUGCACUUUAUGUGCACAUAGUACAUCACUCAGAAAUGUAAUUCAUAGAUCCACUUCCUACUGAGUCUUCAUUGUGGCAGAACUUGAUCAUCGUCAUUUUAUUUUCCAGCAGUUCUACCAAUAUAAGUUCCAGUUUGGGUGGAAGCCUUUGUCACACUUAAAAUACCUUGUAGGUAGAAAACAGUUAGCUCAAGAAUAUACAAAUGCAGCAAAAACGUUUUGUAAUACAGUCACACAUGACCAAAGGUGAUUUAGGCUUCACCACAGCUGAACUUAGAGCACAAAUCAACUAGUUGACAAUCUUUUGUAUUGCUAUCUCAGGGGCAUGGAAUGCUCAUUUAACAUUUGGUAUGAGCUGUGAAAUGUAGGAAUAUAUACUGUACAUAGACUGUAUUUCAAGUCUGCCCUUUUGUUUAAAUUUUGGAAGUUUACAGAAAAUUGGGAAUUUUACUAAUGGUGCUAAUAUAAGAUUGCCAAAGAUAUGAGCAGAAAAUUUGUGAAAUAAGAAAUAAACAUCUGAUUUUAGCAUAUCCUAUAACUGAUUUCAAAAAUAGCAUUGUUAGAUAACAGCUUUUCACAAAAGUAUGAUGCAAAUAUGGUAAAGAAGUUACACGCUAUUAUUUUUGGUAAUAAUUGUUACAGUUACAGAUUUUUAUUUUAUAGUUUGAAAAGAUAUGUCAAGAAAUAUUUGCUUAUUGUGAGGUAAGCAGUUGUUGCAGUACAGAAGUUAAAAACUCUUGUAAAUGGAGGUUUCAAUAUUGACCUGCAUUUCAAAGCUCAGCCAGCUAAGAUGUUCACACUUCUGCAGUAUUUGCUCUCAAUCUUGGAAAGUUACAAUGAAAUGUUUGAUUUUGUAUUUUGGAGUAAACUUCAAUUGUAAUCUGCAAAUUUUGACUAUUGAAUGUCUUUGGGUAAGUCUGAAAAAUUGGGGAUACUGUUUUAACAACUUUUUACGAUGAGAAGUGUUGGGGGCAAACCUUUCUUUUUUUAAAUCACAGUUAUUUUUUUAAAUGAAAUUUAACAAAUGCAUAUCAGCAGCCUAGUUAUGUUUUAAAUUUUCCCUUAUUUAAAUAAAUCAUUGUUAAAAAUUGUCCAGUUAGGUUCUUGUUGACUGUUUUUAUGAGAACUGAGUUUGUAGAUUGCACUGUAGGAAAACUGUGCAUUAAUUUGAAAGUUUUAUUAUGUUUUCUGUAAAUUUCUGUAACUACCAUGUAUGUUCAACCUGGCUUAGAUGUUAUGUUAAACUUAAACUGCUGCUUUUUAUACAGAUAUAUAUUUUCAGUUAAAUUAAUUGUGGAAGGUUUGAAUUUAUGUAACCUUAAAUUACUGCUAAAUAUAUUUCUGUGAGUGAAAUUACAAAAGCCAUGGAAAGCAGUUAUUUCUGUGACUGUUAAUCAUUCCAGCAUCUUGAAAAAAAGAGAGACACUGGUCAUCCUUACUUCAGACAU